AGUGGACGUGCCAAAAGUGAAUACCCAUAAAUUUUCUUCCCAUCUUCCUAAUCCCGCGUUUCUCUCUCCUACCUCUCUCUUCUUUGGUAGGGGUUAGAAGAGAAGAGUGUGUGAAACAAAUGAUUUCCAAGGUUCCACAUGUUAUGGCUUCUCUUCCUUGUUCUAGGGUGAGAGGCGGGGUCAGCUUAUGGGCAGGAGCAAGAGAACUUUGCUUCAGGAAAGGUCUUUUAUAUGGAUUAAUGCGUUGCUUGUCUAUUCCGUUUAAAACCUUGCAGGGAGCUGGUCAGUCUCUUGGAGUCACACGACUUAUGUGCAAUGUUUCUUGUAUAUCUACUGCACUACAAAUUGAAUUGGUUCCAUGUCUUAGGGACAACUAUGCUUAUCUCAUACAUGAUGAGAAUACUGGGACAGUUGGCGUUGUUGAUCCCUCUGAAGCUGUCCCUGUUAUUGAUGCACUGAGAAAGAAGAACAGAAACCUAAAUUAUAUACUAAAUACUCAUCAUCACUAUGAUCACACUGGUGGAAAUAUUGAGUUGAAAGAAAGGUAUGGUGCAAAGGUGAUUGGUUCAGGGAAAGACAGAGAGAGAAUUCCUGGGAUUGAUAUUGCUUUAAAUGAUGGUGAUAGAUGGAUGUUUGCUGGGCAUGAAGUUCAUGUAAUCGAAACACCUGGCCAUACAAGAGGACAUGUUAGCUUUUAUUUUCCUGAAUCUAGAGCUAUAUUCACCGGGGACACCUUGUUCAGUUUAUCUUGCGGGAAGCUUUUCGAAGGAUCACCUGAAGAGAUGUUAACUUCUCUGAGGAAGAUCAUGUCGUUGCCGGAUGACACGAGUAUAUAUUGUGGGCAUGAGUAUACUCUGAGUAACUCAAAGUUCGCAUUGUCUAUAGAGCCAAACAACGAAGCCCUUCAAUCUUAUUCGUCGCGUGUGGUACAGUUGCGCAAUAAAGGCUCGCCAACGAUACCAACAAUGCUGAAAUUAGAGAAGUCCUGCAAUCCUUUCCUUCGGUUUUCAAGCACUGAGAUCAGGCAUUCAUUAAACAUUCCAGCCACAGCAGAUGACGCUGAAGCUUUACGUGUCAUCCGCCAAGCCAAGGAUAAUUUUUAGCACAUCAUAUGUUUGCAUAUAAGCAGUAUGCUGAGUUCUGUGCAGCUGGCAGUUCCAGUCUUACAAGAGUUUGUUACUAUAGUGUAUUUCUAACUCUUUUACGGUUAUACAGGGAUGGCAAGUCCCAUGGUAUUGCAAUGUCCAUGCCGUUGUCUAUAAGACACUUAUUUUGGGAUUUUCUUGGAAAGGACGUGGUCGUCAUUUCCAAGAUUUUGCUCUUAUAUUGUUGAUCUCAUACAGCUGUCAAGGUUGAUUAGGUUGGCUUGAGUUGUGUAACCUGUUAACUUGUUCUUUUUUGGAUGAAUUGAAAGCAGAAGAUCAGUACAUGCAGAUGAGAUCUGAUUAGUCA